AUGGCCGAGGAGCUUAAGGGGGAGACGCUCAAUGGGGCUGGUCCAACGCCUACGCAUAGCAGUCUCUCUAGAUACUAUAUUCCCCUCAAAGCUGAGGAGAUGAAGUCAAAAGACUCAUUGAGAAGCAGCAGCUCCCUGCAGCAACGCAUCAACAGCCUGCAGCAGGAGAGGGACAUUGUUAAGGCUGAGCUGAUGUCAACGACAAAUGAGUUUGAGGGUUACAAGGUGCGAGUCCACAAUGUGCUCAAACAGCAGAAGAGUAAAACCACGGCCCAGGGUGAAGGAGACUCUGACAGGACGCAGUUGUCCUCUGAGGUGGAACAGCUGAGGUCCAGGCUGGCAGAGACUCAGCAGAGCCUUCAGAGCAGCACGGCAGAGCUGCAGCAGCUCCAGAGUGAGCACGACACUCUGCUGGAGAGACACAACAGGAUCUUCCAGGAGACCGUCAGCAAGGAGGCCGAGCUCCGCGAGAGGCUGCUGGCGUUGCAGGCGGAGAACAUGGCUCUGAGGACAGACCUGACCCAGGCUCAGGCUGACCUGUCCUCACAGGUGGAGGCCCAGAGGCAGACCUACAGGGAGCAGCUGAGGAAGCUGCAGGACGACCACCGAGCCACCGUGGAGACCCUGCAGGGCCAGCUGACCCGCGUCGAGGAGCAGCUCUACAACCUGCAGAGCCAGAACAAUUCAGUGGUUGUGCAGUCCAGCCGUAAGUCCCUGAUGUCGGACUCCCGUAGAAACACAGAUCCCAACCAGGCGGGACUGGGACUGAUGACCCUCAGCGACCUGCAGUCUAUGGCCAGGGAGGAGGGCGAGGGAAUGGAGACCACCGAGACCGAGAACUCUUCUCCUGCCCGUACGCCCCUGCCCUCUCUGGAGCAGCUUCUCACCUCCCCCAACCCCAAACAAGAGCCAUUCGUGUGGACCGUGGAGCCGACCAAAGAAGAGCUCAGUCAGAAGCUGAGCACGGCCACGCGGAGUAUGGAGCAUAUGAACGGCCUCCUGCAUGAAACGGAGGCCACCAAUGCUGUUCUCAUGGAGCAGAUCACCUUGUUGAAGAGUGAAGUGCGUCGUCUUGAGCGAAACCACGAGAGAGAGAAGAGUGUGGCCAACCUGGAGUAUCUGAAGAACGUCCUGCUGCAGUUCAUCUUCCUGCAGUCUGGCAGCGAGAGGCAGGCGCUGCUCCCUGUCAUCCACACUAUGCUGCAGCUCAGUCCAGAGGAGAAAAGCAAACUGUCUGCCAUUGCACAAGGUGAGGAAGAGGGGUCUGGGUCUCGAGGCUCAGGAUGGAGCUCCUAUCUACACAGCUGGUCUGGGAUCAGAUAGAAUUGAUGAUCAACCAACUCAAAAAAGUAAACAAUAGGAGCAUAUUAAGAUUGUUAUUGCGCCUUUUUCUGUGAAAAUGUGUGUUAAGAUGUGAUGCUGUUUAUUCAAGUCACAAAAUGGUUGGUUAGGGGAUUUUACAAAAUAUGAGUGUACGAUAGAAGGGACCAAGAAAUGUAUCAGAAAAAGGAUGAGGAACUGAGUGUAAAAGAUUCAACCAAACCUUUUACAUAAAUAUUGAUUUUAAUUUGCCAUUGAGUAGAUACAUCAAUCUCUUAAUCUCUUGCAAAUCAAGUGAACUGUGAACUAUUUCUGUCUUCCUUACUCUAACUAUUGAAAAAUAUAUGUAUACGAUAUUUACUGGACUUAAAGGUUCCUCGAAGUAGAGCUCACAGUGCAUUGAGACAUCAUUAGCACAUUGUUUACCCCUAGACAAUGUGCACAUAUUAUGGGAGAAUAAUUAAUUGAAGGGAAAACUGAGUGGGGUAUGGCAUGAUACAACUUGAACAUCACUUUUAGACUUAUAUUGGGCAUGCUUUGUGUAGCAGUGCACUUAAUGGACUAUGCUUGCUCUUUUGGUUCAUAUCAAACACGCUUCACAUUUCUUUUAAAGAAACUUUAAUGGCAUUUUGCUACCUGAGAAAGCAGCCAUGUUUUUCAUUUUUGAAGUAUGUAAAUUCACAUGAAACUCGCUCUUUUUUUAUUAAUUGUGGCCUGGAUGGUAGAAAAAGACAUCAACAAAGCUUACAUUCUUUAAAAAACAACAAGCAGUAAGUGUUUUUGUUGAAUUUAUGGGUUAAAACAUGCUAUACCAUAAAUGUUUAUCAUAAUUUCACUUAAAGUAUGAAGGUGUGCAUGUGUCUACAGUUUGACCGCAUAUUUAUUCCUUUUUUUUCACUGUUUUUGCAUUUGUUAACUAAUGCCUCAUUCUGAGAUUUGGAGCGGUUCUUAUUUUCAUUCCUUGAGUUUUUAUUCAUCAUAUCCUGUAGUGAUGUUUGGGAUUUUUGUUCUGGUUACUGUGUAAUUUGUCGUUACUGCUUGUUGUGGCUGAUGUUAUUAUUUAAUGCCAAAUUAUGAUUUCAAUGGUUUCUAUGUCUAUUUUGGGAAUACUUUUUGUUUUGUCGGAUGUUGCGCUGUUGUUUAAUCACUGAACAGGAAAGAUUUGUUGCAACUUCAUCUGCUCGACUGUCUUGUUGAAGGACGGGACAUUAGGCACGUCCUCCCUGCUAAAGUGCCCUUGAGAAAGACUACCUAUCAGAGUGUCUGACCAUGACCUCUGACCUCCCUGUGAAGGUGGGGGAAGAGACAAUUCUGCAUAGAAAGCACAUCCACCCCCUCUUACUUUACAUUCAUUCCACUUUGCUCAUGCACAAACAAAAUGAAGUUAAUUUCCCGGUUUCUUUUUUCAUUCCAGUGGCAGCUUUUUCUGUGAUUGCAUCAGCAUAAGUGAAUGUAUUUUUAUCAAAGGCUUUUAUAUUUAUGAUGGUUAAUGUCAACAGAAGCUAUGAGAGAUUACCGUAACUAUAACAUUUAAUCUGUAAGCAGUAACAGUAUGCUAACUACUUCACUGUACAACUUAUUUCAGAGACAGGUCUUGUUUAUUUUUCCUGUUAUUUCUGACUGUAAACUAAAAUAAAGUUAAUGGCGAAGAAAAUAUUUCCGAUUACUUUUAUUUUAAAGCAUUUUGCAACUUUGAAUCUACUGGUCAGCUGC